CCUCUAUAGAAAUCAGAAACUAUUUAUCCUUAUGGAAUAUACUAAUUAUACUACAACGAAGGUGUCAGUCUAUAGUUUUCUGUAUAUUACAAAUAAUUUGUUUUUUAAAUUUAUCUUUGCCGGUUGCUAAUUCGACCAUGGAAAAGGGUGUACUAGUGCAGUACGGUGUGGCUUUAUCAGUUUCACUGAUAACUGUAACCAUGGGUGUUACAUCGGGGUGGGCCACACCCAUCGCUACAAAGCUUAAAGCCAAUCAAACAAGCAUUGAUAUCACCGAGGAUCAGCUAGGAUGGGUUUUUGGUAUGCCACCAAUAGGGUUCACUAUUGGAAGCUUGGUAACUGGAUUUUUCCCUGACCAAAUAGGAAGAAAAAAAACAUUAUUGUCUACUGCUGCCCCAUUUUUUUGUGGAAUGGUAUUAGCAAUAACGGCAAAACAAGGUUGGAUGCUCUGUAUAAUGACGCUGCUAUGGGGGUUUGGUACAGGAAUGGCUUCUACUGUCCUCAUGACAUACAUAGCCGAGAUAGCUGACAAGAGCUUAAGAGCUACAUUGUCAGUUAUAACAAGAGUCGGUUUCAAUCUUGGCACAUUUCUAAUGAUGCUCUGCGGCCCGUUUAUAUUGUAUGAAACACUGAACUACACAAUAUUUGCGCUACCAAUUUUUAUUUUCUUCGGUUGUCUAUGGAUACCAGAGUCACCAUAUUAUUUUUUAAAAGAAGGACAUGUUCAAAGAGCAAGAAGGGAGCUAAUUAAAUUGCGCAACAAUCCAGAGGUCGUAGAAGCAGAGUUGGAAACAAUAAAAGCCGGUGUAAACAAGGACAUGCAACGGUCCAGCACUCCCAAAGAGCUGUUCACAGGACCCCAAUAUAGAAAAGCUAUUAUUAUAGCCGCUGGUCUCAAAGUGGCUCAAAUUUUGACCGGUGCUUUGGCGAUACAACAAUACCUGGGGACGAUUAUUGGCGAGAGCAAAUCUGACAUCAAGCCGUCCACUGCCAUGGUCAUAUUCGGAGCUGUCAAGUUUGUUGUGUCCAUAACGUCUACGGUGCUCGCUGAUAGAGUGGGGCGGCGGCCGCUCCUGGUCUACUCGUUCUUCGGCAACGGAAUAUCUCUAGCAUCCGUAGGCACAUACUUUUCCCUCCAAAACGUCGUCCAUGUCAAUGAUAAUAUAUUAAAAAUAUUCGGAUUCAUACCAUUGACGGGUAUAGUAGUAUCCAACGUCGUAUCUACUCUAGGCUUCAACUCCAUAAUCGGUAUAAUCCAAGCGGAAAUCUUUCCGUUGAAUGUUAGAAAUGUAGCGAUGGUAUCACUAAACAUUUUCGGCGGUUUCCUUGGGUUUUCCGUGUCCAAGGGAUUCCAAAUGGUCAAAAAUAGCUUCGGUAUAUCGAGCGCUUUUUGGACGUUCACAGUUAUAUCGAUUUUGAGCGCGCUGUUCUCGUAUUUUUUCGUCCCUGAGACCAAAGGGAAGAGUUUGGAGGAGAUACAAUGUAUUUUAGCGGGGAAAGUUAGUAGUGAGAUUUCAGAAGUGAAUGUAGAUUUGGUACAACCAAAAGAUGUUGAAAUGAAGGAGCUAGUGAAUGGUGAGGAAUUGGAUAAACCAAAAAGUUAAAUCUAAGAGUUAAGACUGUAAUCUAUUAUGUUAUGGUGCCAUGAUCUAAAACUCUUUAGUAUUUAGGAUAUAAAAUUGAGAUUUAUUACUUUUA